CUUUCUCUAUGUCUCUGUGUAUCUCUGUGUGUCUCUGUAGGUCUCUGUGGGCUUCUUGUCUCUGUGUCCCCCUCGACUCCCCGCCCCACUCUCCUCUCUCUGUUACUGCAUCUCGGUUUCAGCCUGUCUCUGUGUGUCUCUGCGUGUCUCUGUGUCUCUGAGUCUCGGGCUUCUCCCUGCCUCCGUGUCCCCUGCGCUCCCCGCCCUCUCCCUCUCCCUCUCUCCCCCCUCGCUCUCUCGCUCGCGCUCUCUCUCUGAGCAUCCUUGGGCCCGGGGUUGCCAUGGGGACAAGGUGGGAGCCGGGGAUGGCGCGCGCCUGGGCUCGCGCCGGCAGCUCAGGCGAGGAGCAGCGGCCAGAGCAGCGCCAGCAGCAGGCAGCGAGCGGGCGCGGGAGCGGGAGCGGGAGCGGGGGUAGCGUUGGCGGCGGCGGCUCCUCCUCGGCCAUCCCCUCGGAGCCGUGCAGCUGACGCGCAUGGCGAAGACAGCGGCGCCUACCGAUGGGAGCAGCGAAAUAAGAAUGUCUAAGCCCCUGGAGGCCGAGAAGCAAGGUCUGGACUCCCCCUCAGAGCACACAGACACUGAAAGAAAUGGACCAGACACUAACCAUCAGAACCCCCAGAAUAAGACCUCCCCGUUCUCCGUGUCCCCGACUGGCCCCGGCACCAAGGUGGGCAUUCUCUCUGGCCUCCACUUAACAUUCUGGGGUCCCGGACCCUGCCUCUCUCCCCCCCAGAUCAAGGCUGAAGACCCCAGCGGCGACUCAGCCCCAGCAGCACCCCCGCCUCCGCAGCCGGCUCAGCCACACUUGCCCCAGGCCCAGCUCAUGUUGACUGGCAGCCAGCUAGCCGGACUCACGGCCCUGAUGCCGGCUCAGCAGCAGCUCCUCCUGCAGCAAGCGCAGGCCCAGCUCCUGGCCGCCGCCGUGCAGCAGUCCAGCGCCGCCGCCGCCGCCGCCGCCUCCACCUCCUCCUCCUCUUCCUCCUCCUCCUCCUCCUCGACCUCGCAGCCCCCAGCCUCCUCCUCCUCCGGGGGAGGCGACCUGCCACCACCACAGUCUGCCAGCCAGCCCCCAGGAACCCCACAGCUCACCCUGUCCCAGCCCAUCCAACUCACAGCACAGGACAUCCAGCAGCUCCUCCAGCUCCAGCAGCUGGUGCUUGUGCCAGGUCACCACCUCCAGCCACCUGCUCAGUUCCUGCUGCCACAGGCCCAGCAGAGUCAGCCAGGCCUGCUACCGACGCCAAAUCUAUUCCAGCUACCUCAGCAAACCCAGGGAGCUCUUCUGACCUCCCAGCCCCGGGCAGGGCUGCCCACACAGCCCCCCAAAUGCUUGGAGCCACCAUCCCAUCCCGAGGAGCCCAGUGAUCUGGAGGAGCUGGAGCAGUUCGCUCGCACCUUCAAGCAACGCCGCAUCAAGCUGGGUUUCACACAGGGUGACGUGGGCCUGGCCAUGGGCAAGCUCUAUGGCAACGACUUCAGCCAGACGACCAUUUCCCGCUUCGAGGCCCUCAACCUGAGCUUCAAGAACAUGUGCAAACUCAAGCCCCUUCUGGAGAAGUGGCUCAACGAUGCAGAGACUAUGUCUGUGGACUCAAGCCUGCCCAGCCCCAACCAGCUGAGCAGCCCCAGCCUAGGUUUCGACGGGCUCCCCGGCCGGAGACGCAAGAAGAGGACCAGCAUCGAGACAAACGUCCGCUUCGCCUUAGAGAAGAGUUUUCUAGCGAACCAGAAGCCUACCUCAGAGGAGAUCCUGUUGAUCGCAGAGCAGCUGCACAUGGAGAAGGAAGUAAUCCGCGUCUGGUUCUGCAACCGGCGCCAGAAGGAGAAACGCAUCAACCCCUGCAGCGCGGCCCCCAUGCUGCCCAGUCCGGGCAAGCCGGCCAGCUACAGCCCCCACCUGGUCACACCGCAAGGGGGCGCCGGGACCCUGCCAUUGUCCCAAGCUUCCAGCAGUCUGAGCACAACAGUUACUACCUUAUCCUCAGCUGUGGGGACACUCCACCCUAGCCGGACAGGUGGAGGGGGUGGGGCCGGGGGCGGGGCCGCGCCCCCCCUCAAUUCCAUCCCCUCUGUCACCCCCCCACCCCCGGCCACCACCAACAGCACAAAUCCCAGCCCUCAAGGCAGCCACUCGGCUAUCGGCUUGUCGGGCCUGAGCCCCAGCACGGGAAGCACAAUGGUGGGGUUGAGCUCCGGGCUGAGUCCAGCCCUCAUGAGCAACAACCCUUUGGCCACUAUCCAAGCCCUGGCCUCUGGUGGAACCCUCCCCCUUACCAGCCUUGACAGCAGCGGGAACCUGGUGCUGGGGGCGGCUGGCGCAGCCCCAGGGAGCCCAGGCCUGGUGACCUCACCACUCUUCUUGAACCACGCUGGGCUGCCCCUGCUCAGCGCCCCGCCUGGCGUGGGCCUGGUCUCGGCAGCCGCUGCGGCCGUGGCGGCCUCCAUCUCCAGCAAGUCUCCUGGCCUCUCCUCGUCCUCCUCCUCGUCCUCCUCCUCGUCCUCCUCCACCUGCAGUGAGACGGCAGCACAGACCCCUGGAGGCCCAGGGGGACCCGAGGUAGGGUCCAAGCCCGAGUGAGGGCCCGCCAUGCCUCCCCUCCGACUCCUCUGACCCCCCUGCCUCUGUCCCCUGCCUGGGAAGUGGGCGAGGAGGCCAGCGCUGGGGGCACCGAGGGUCCUCGGAGCAGGAGUGACAAGGGAGGAAAGACCAAAAAAUAAAAAAAUAAAAAGCAAAAGACCAACCAACAAACCAAAAAGAAAAAAAAGAAAGAAAAGAAAUCAACCAACAGAAAAAAGAAAACCAAAAAUAAUCACAAAGAAACCAGCUGCCCCAAAGGAACCAGAGAUGAAAAACAAACAUUAAAAACAAAAACCAAAAAACAAAAAGUUCCUCACCAAACUGAACAAACCAAAUACCAGUCUGGAGCCAGACCUCAAUGUGCUCACCCUCACUGCUACGACACCAAAUAGGAGCCCAGCCAGGGGCGUCACAGCCUCAGCAGGGCGGACCUUACUCGACCCCUGGUGUAGGGCCAGGGCUCCCCCCUGGGGGGCGGUGGCCAGAGAAGGAAAAAGAGAAUGUGCCAGCCUUCCAGCCUGUACCCCCUGCCCUGGGCCAGCCAAGACAGGGCACAGCCUGCGGUGGAGGGGGUGGGCUCAGAACUACCCACCAAAUAUUCUUUUCCAGAAGGUGAAAGAGAAAGGGCCUGAACAACCUUACACCAAAUAUUCAGUAGCUUCAUCCAAAGGAUGUACAGAAUUUUUAGCAUUGUGCUCAACAGAAUGUGUCCCUGUUGUGUGUCCCCCCCUCUCUCCUGGCCCCUAGCUCUCCCCGCCCGGGCAGGGGGUCUCGCUUUAACCUCCUCCCUCCCCCACCCAGGGGAGAGUUCGAGGCAAGGCCUGGGAUGACUUUUCAGCCCUUUUACCUCCUCCGCCCUUUCCCUUUGAAGGUGGGCUAGGCCGUUUUGCCAAGCUCUAGCUCUCACAUGUUCCCCCUACCACCCCCCGCCCCCCGCCCACCCGUCACCUCACCCUCUUCUGCUCAGGAACCUCCCACUAUCCCUGGUCCGAGGGAAGGAGGAAGUUUCAGACAAGAGAGGAGAAGGUGAGGGCGUUCAAGUUGUCUUUUUUUCCAUCCUCGUCUGUCAGUUUCCCUUAAAGAAAAAAAAAAAAUUCAUAUUCCAGUGCCUAUCCGUGGGAUCCUUCACGUUCUUUGACAUUUUUGACCAGAAACCAAAAAGAGAACUCACCUCGCUCCUCCCACCCUGUGCCCCUCCAAUACUGGCAGAUGCCUCUUCCUCCCCCUCCACCCCACAUGCACACACGCACGCACCCCAGUGGUGGGGUUCCUCCAGAUGGCGUCCCCAUCAGGGUCCGUGUGGCAGGGACAGUGCCAUGGCCCGUGGUCCCCAUCCGAGAGGGCGCUGUGGUGACCACCACUCCCACAAGACCUCCCUUGAGUCUUGGCUGGACCCCAGGUUUGCCCAGCCCCGGACGCAUCUCGCUGGACAGAGGAGAGACGCUGCUGGGAGCCACGUUGCCCUCCUGCUAUUGGGGAGGCCAACAAAGUUUUGAACCAAAAAAACAAAACAAAAAAACCAAACAAACAAUAAAUUAAAACUAGGAAAAAAGAAAGAAUUUAUAGAUAUAUAUAUAUUUAAGGGAAAGAAGACGAGGACUCUUCAACGAAUAAGAAGGAGCCGCAAGGUGGAGCCAGGCCCCUGCACCAGUGGUCCAGGCCUUUGGUCCCCAAAGCGGAUGGAAGGAUGGAUGCUUCUUUCUCUUCACAAAUACCUCAUGGACGUUGUCUUCGGGAAAGCUGGAGGGGGGCGGCUGGGGCCGGGCCUGCCCCUCAGCCAGGGCGGAUGGAAGCGGGUGGGCAGGGCUGAGAGAGGGUGUCAGGGACGGGGGUGAAGAGCCCCAAGCUCCCUGCCUCCCCCCCCAAUCAACUGAAAAAGCUUUAAAAAAACAAAACAGGAAAAAAGAAAUGAGAAAGCAAAAAAGAAUGGACGAAGGAAAACUAACAAACUUUCGGGUGGUUUGAUUCCUCCUUUUGAGUUCUUCUGUCCUCUUCAGUCUGUCCUCUCUCCCAUCUCCUCCUUUCUCUCGUCUGUCCCUCCCUCUUCCUCCCCUCCUCUCUCACCUCUCGCCAUCUCCUGUUUCUGUGUCUCUCCUCAAACCAAAGUGUUGCUGUGAAGGACGCGAGCCAUUGAAAUCAGAGUGGCCCCUGCCCCUGGCUGGGCAGGCGCAGAGGGAGGGGAGAGCCCCAGGAGCCUGGCGGGGCUGCCCAACACUCCCAGGAGAGGCAGACGGGAGCCUCGGAUGCCACCCUGGGCCCCGAGGCCUCAGCGUUCUCUUUCUUUCUUGUCUCCCUUCUCCCACCUGGGAAAUGAAACUUUCGGGCUGGGCCAUGGAGGCAGCAGAGACUCAGCUGUUUCAGGGGUCUCGGGGUGCCUUGUCUGGGAAGUGGUGGAGCGGUUGCCCCUCCCACCCUGGCACCGAUGGGGCCUGGCAUGCCGUUGACCCAUCCUCGCCAGAAUGUAAGCAUCUCCGCUGAACCUACUCCCCGCCCUUACCCUACCUCUGAGUUUGUCCGUUUUUAUUUCCUGAAGAGAAGGGACUGGCUAGCGGGCCUGGGCCCUAGCCCAAGGGUGGAGACGGGGCCACGGGCUCAUGAACGGAUAGGAAGGACGUUUGAGCAGAGCCAAGUGAAAGGAAUUGCAACCAAAAACCCCUCCGAGAAGACAGGCAGCAUGGAAGGCAUGGUGGAGAUGACUCAAAAAACUAUGAUUCUAGACCAAAAAAUAGAAAAAAAAGAAAAAGAAAAAAAAAAGGAAGAAAAAAAAGGAAAAAAGAAAAAAAAGAAAAGGAAAGAAAAUCCAGGACUCACCACCACCCACUUCAUCCUGCUUCCUCCCCAUCAAGUCCUGCGUCCCGGACUGCUGCUCCUCCUCCACCCCAGUACCCAGUAGGAAGCUGGCAGAGAGGAGAGGAGGAAGCAGGGGGCAGGGAUGGGCCUAUGCCCUGACAUUGGUGGAGGGACCCCCGUGUAGCCAGGGUGGUGGGGACCCUCCCCAUCCAACCCCCAUUAUCUGGGAAAAGAAAAAACAAAGAGAAAAAGAAAAUUCCUGGGAGGGGGAAAAAAUAACCAAAUCCCAAGCUUUAACUACAGCUGUGAAACCAAAUAUUGGGAAGGGGGUGGGAGGGAGGGAGGGGCAAGUGUGCCCCAGGUCUCCCCCCUGGGCCCCCCUCCCCCGAGGACUCGAGAUAAGGCACCAAAUACCUCAUAGAACUUUAAUGUUAAAAAAUGGAAACCAAAUAUCGUUGGCUGGGGGCCAGCCAGGGCAAGGGGCUGGGGGGCUGAGGGAGCCAGGGUUAGGAAGGUGAUGGGGGAAUUCAUGCCCCCCACCUCCCUCUGCCCCUUCCACUCCAGCCUCCCCCGUCUCGACUCCGGGAAACAAAACUAUCUCAUCGUUUUUAUUUUGUGGUCUGUACAGAGCCUGUGUCCGUGUGUCUGUGUGCGAGCGAGAGAGUUGGGGGGCUGGGGAACUUUAUGUGGGGUUGGGGAAGGAGACCUCAGGCCAGGUUCUGGGCUAGGGGAGAUGUCUGAGGUGGGGGGCCAGGGGCCUGGGCUAGGAAGAAGGAUGAGUGGACUGGAGAAAGUGGGAGCCCUCAAUUUCUCCUCCCCAACCCUGACCUUACUCAAGGGAGGGACAGAGACUGGGUCUACCUAACGGUGGACCUUUUAAUUGUGC